AUGUCAGCCGAGAAGAAGGUAUUCCUCAUCGGGCCGGGUCUGAUAGGUGCCGACCUGCUCGAACUUCUUGUCGAAGAUGGCUACGACGUUACGACCAUGGUUCGCCGAGAAGAGCACGCCGCACAGGUCAAGGAAAUCGGAGCAAAAGUGAUCAUGGGCAACUUAGACGACAAAGAUAUCAUCCAGAAACAUACCGCGGGUAGUCCUAUUGUCAUCCACGCCGCGACGGCUGAUCACCUUCCGUCCGUCGAGGCAGUCCUUGACGGCAUCCGUGAACGUGCCAACAAAGGCCUGGAGACAAUAUGCAUCCAUACCAGCGGAACCAGCGAGCUGGUGGACAACUCGAAGGGCAUGUACAAGUCGGACAAGAUAUACUCGGACGAACGACCAGAGGAGGUCGAUGCCGUGCCGGAUUCCGCACCACAUCGCGAGAUCGACUUGGCCAUUCUUGCCGCGCGCAAGGACCUCGGAACGAAAGCCAAGAUCAUCAUCAUUCUUCCACCGUUGGUGUAUGGUGUUGGCAAACGGAUCAAGAGACUUUCGAUCCAGCUUCCUACCAUGACCAGAUUUGCAUUGAAGCACGGUUGGGCACCGGUCAUCGGCAAGGGUCUGUCCAUCCGAUGUACCAUCCAUGUUCAAGAUUUGGUGAGGGCAUAUAUGAUCAUCUUGCAUUGGAUGGAGGAGAGCAGCCCGGAGGAGGUGCUCAAGAACCCUUACUUCUUUUGCGAGAGUGGCCAGGAAAUGGCCUGGGGAGAAGCGGCAGCUGAGAUCGGCAAGCAAUUGUACAAGGCAGGCAAAAUUCAAGAUCCAGAACCCAGGCCAGUUCCGCCUGAGUUGUACUCUGAUCUCUUUGGACCGUACAGUCCGACUACGGUAGGAGCGAACUCCAGAAGCCGCGCCGAGAGACUUCGGAAGAUGGGUUGGAAGCCGAGGGAGAAAGGAGUUUUGCAAUCGUUCCGGGAAGACGAACUGCCUAUCUUGUUGGCAGAGAACUUGAAGGAGUCAUUCAGCGGGUAUACGGGGGUUGCUUCUUCUGGUACCCAUGUCUUGAAAAGUCUGGAAUGA